GUCUUUGUUCUUGCAAUGGCCAGCGAGAUCGAAGAGAUUUAUGAUGAGGGAUGCGUGGUGUACGAGGCCGUGUGGGGCGAGCAUAUGCACUCGGGCUACUUUGAGGCGGGCAAGCCUGGGGACUUUCGAGUGGCACAAGUCCGAAUGAUCGAGGAGGUCCUCUCUUGGGCCGGAGUACCAAAUGAUGAGCAAAGCCGGCCUCGAGACAUACUGGACGUGGGCUGCGGUUUUGGGGGAACUUCUCGAUAUCUGUCCAAGAAGUACUCGGCAAAUGUGAAAGGAAUAGCACUGAGCGAUUACGAGAUCGCCAGCUCCAUUGCUCCUGGGGUAAAAGUGGAAGACUGGACACAGCACAUGCUUCCGUUUUGGGGUCUGCUCACUGCAGAAAUCUUUACCUUGAGAGGCGCAUUCAAGAUUUUGACAUCAGGAUUCAAGACUGGCAUUUUCAAGUAUGCUGUGGUCAUGGGAAAGAAAGGUAAGAAUUAG